AAUUGUGAAUAGAAACAUUUCGAAACGUCAUAAGUAAAUGGUCAAGAUGGCACGUCAGCAGCAAGCUGAUGUUGAUGAAUUAUUUGACGUUAAAAAUCAUUUUUAUAUUGGAAAUUAUCAACAAUGCAUCAACGAAGCACAAAAAGUCAAGCCAACGACAAUAGAUAUCGCAUUGGAGAGAGAUGUAUUUUUAUACCGUGCUUACAUAGCGCAACGUAAAUUUCGUGUUGUGCUGGACGAAAUAAACGAAUCGUCAUCAGCAGAAUUGAAACCGUUUAAAAUACUAGCUGAUUAUUUUGCAUCGCCGAACAGACGUGAAACAAUUUUAGCUGAGCUGGAUCGGGCUACUGGUUAUUCAAUUAUUGAUAAUAAUAAUUUGAUGAUUGUAGCGGCAACUAUUUAUUAUCAUGAAAAAAAUCUUGAGUCGGCAUUACGUGUACUGCAGAAUGCUAAUAAUUUAGAAUGUAUGGCACUGACACUGCAGAUUUAUUUGAAAAUGGACCGGCUGGAUCUGGCUAAGAAGGAGUUGAAAGCUAUGCAAGAUAAGGAUGAUGAUGCCACCUUGACACAGUUGGCACAGGCUUGGAUUAAUAUCAAUAGUGGUGGUGAUAAAUUACAGGAAGCAUAUUAUAUAUUCCAGGAAAUGAUUGACAAAUAUUCCAGUACUAGUAUGUUAUUAAAUGGACAAGCGACAUGUUUUAUUGGACAAGCUAAGUACGAAGAAGCUGAAAGCGCAUUACAAGAAUCACUUGACAAAGACAGUAACAACCCUGAUACACUCAUAAAUAUGAUCGUACUAUCACAGCACAUGGGAAAACCACCAGAAGUUGCGAACCGUUACCUCAGUCAACUUAAAGAUUCAAACCUAGACCAUCCUUUCGUGAAAGAAUAUUUACAAAAAGAAGUUGAAUUCCAAAGGCUUUGUAAUCAGUACUCACUAUCAGCUUAAAUUUGAUAUUAUUAAUUUUUUUUCAUAUUAUUAUUACUAAUAUUGCCGUCGUGGAGCAUUUAAUGAUAAAUUAUAAUUUAUAAUUGUCAGAGUUAAAAUAAUGAGACAAAAAUUACAUAUAACGAUACUGCUGCCAUUUUGUAAUCAAAUUUUCAAUAGAAAAAAAAUAAUUAUAAUAAUUAAAUAUACAUAAGUAAUUAAUAACACAUUUGUCAAUUCUUUUUUUUUUUGAUAUAUAUUUAGAUAGAAAUUUGAUAAUGAUUUAAAAGUAGUUUGGAUAAAAAAAUAAAAUGCAGGUAAUGAGUACUGAUUAAAAAUAAAAAUAUUUGAAACUUAAUUGGUGAAUAAAUAGUGUAGAUUUUUUGAAUAUUUAGUUACAGUAAUAAAUAAUUAUAUUUAUAAAUUAAUGUACUUUGUUUUAUUAAUAUUUUGUUACUUCGAUUAAAAUAACAAGUUAAAUAUUAUUUUAUUAUUAAAUAUAUAAACUUAAGUCGAAGAUCAAUC